AUGGCUCAUGCCAUCAACGAAAACACCUUGACUAGUGUCCCCUCCGUUAACAAUCCUCGGCCUCUGAGGGUGAUGGGGGACAAUGCUGAUUACUGGGUGAAUGAUGCGGGGGAGCCCUUCACUUUCAAAUUUCCAGCGACUCUGGAUCUCGAGGGUCAAUUCGAUUGGUCAGGCCCGUACUUCAAUCUUCCACGCACUGGUGUAAGUACCUGUGAUAACUUGUAUGCAUCCAUUGUGAAACUGACACUCUUUCACCAGCUGGACUUGGUCACGAUCAAGAAGAUGCGUGCACAGUUUGAAGUCCGUCCUCUGGAUAUCCAGGCACGUGACGUGUAUCCCCCAGAGGCCAUCAAGUGUAGCUCCUCCGCGAUCGACAUGUUGAAUGUGUUACAUGGGGAAGCUGAGGAUGUGAGGAAUGCUUGUAAAUUGGUUGAGUGUCUGCUGUGGUAUCGCUGA